UGCAGAGGAGGCUAGCACUUGUUUGUCAUUCUAUCGUUGUGUUACCAUUAAAAAUUUAGUUUUAAUUUGAUCAGUUUUUCUAUUAUUGUCGAAUAAAUUUUCCACGUUUGCGAGGAUGCGUGGGACAAGUCAAAAGUCUUUGGCGGACGACAUGGCCUCGCCGCCAUACAGCAAGGAGGUGCUGAUUGGCAACUGGGCUGAGCGUCGUUACGCCGUUGAGGAGCAAAGCAACGCCAUCCUGCCAGGACUCCGGGUGAGUGGCUGCGAGCGCCAUCGAUCACUCACCCAGGACACGUAUACAGAUGCACCUUUCGCUCGUGCCGAAACGGUACCCUUUUUCGUAGAGCAGCGGAAGCUGGCUUACCAUAACUUUAUGAGAAACACACGGUCGUGCUUGAACCUUGAAGACCACGAACUACUGAAUCGAAACUUUACUUCAACCAACACCCUUGAGUUCCAGGAACUGCCUCGACUUCGUAUUGUGCAAGCCAAUAUGGAGAGUGACAAGAGCGGUCCUCCAAAGCGCCCAACGGAGGUAGACAGACUGCAGGCCUUCGGAAAUCUUACGAGGACUCACAACUAUCCCAUGCGGUUCAAGUGCGAGAAACUUCUAGGCGAAAUCAGCAAUAUGCAGACAACCUAUUCGGCCUGCUUCAACCGCCCUUGGAAAAGGAAGCCCAUCUUCGAGUAUGGCCCAGACUACGACGGUGUCGUCAAAUUCGAUUUGGCAUGCUAGUAUCCGGUGUAAUAAGAUACUCUUUAAAUAAUGUUCAGAUUCGCAUCGGACUUAAAAAAAAUUAAUGUGUACUUAAAAGAAACUCGAUCCUUUAUAUUACAAGAUUCAAUUUAUUUUAAAUCAUUUUCUUGUAUAAUCAUAUGGGUUCGUAUUUUAAGUAGUUCUAUAUUUUGGAUGCCAGAAUUGUUUUUUUUUGUUGCACAUGCCGUAGCAUUGGCUUUUUCGUUUUGGUGAGCUUUUUUAGUUGGUUUCUGUUUUUUGUUUGGAAAUUUGUAGGUCGAUAGAUGUUCAUGUGAGUUUACCUUUGCUGUUGCUUUGUUACAGAAUAUAUCUUUUAAUAUUAAUUAAUUAUUACAAAAAGUAAAAUGUUACGACAUUAAACUAGACGACGCAAGAGUUUGCAUAAGUUUACUUGCUUAAAUAUUUUAUUUUUGACUCGGUAAUAUUUGCUUGCCUUAAAAUCUUAUUUAUUCUUUUUUUUUUGAUUAAUUUUGGACUGCCAUGAUAGGUUUCUUUUUUGUGUUUUCGUAUUUUU